AAAUCUUUCAUGGUUAUGUCGAUAAAAUAUCAACUGUAGUCUAUGGUCUCUAUUUAUUUGCUGCAUGGUUCCUUUAGCAAAGUCAGAGACCUACUUAACGGAAGUAUUGGAAAAUAUAUGUGAUAGAAUGAAUGAUUACCAACUGCAAGUGGAUCCUCAAACCCAAAAAAGGACAUUCAAGAGAUUUGCUCCUAGGAAAGAUGAGAAAAUCUAUGCAGAUUUUAAAAAAUUCUAUUUUUAUUCUGAUGCUUACAAACCUUUGAAAUUUGCGUGUGAAAGUAUUAUAGAAGAGUAUGAAGAUGAAAUUUUCUCACUUAUCGCCCAAGAGGCAGACUAUCUAGCUGACAAGCUGUGCAGUGAAAAAUCAGGUCUUUGUGAAGAAUCUGCUACUCACACUGAGCUAUAGCAUCGAUAAACUAUGAAUUUUACAGAGUGAAGUAAG